AUGACCGCCUACUGGAGCGAUCCUCCGAAUUACCCCAGCGGAGCUCACACGGCGUGGCCCGGUGCACCCCUCGCCAUGGCACCGACCUACACGACCUCAAACGCCUACUACGAUCCGGACCAGCAGUACGAAGACGACAGUCCCACGUGGCCAUCACAGCAACUCCAGCUCUACCAGCCCGCACUGUCACCACCCAUCAAAUACGACCGCUACCCCACCCACCGACGCAAACACCACCGCCGGCACCGCCCCGCGAGCCCCAGCCCCGUACCACCUACGCCUCCGACGAGCGAGGCACAGCUCGCAGCCUACGCGGCCCAUUGCCUGAUCCCAGCCCUGCAGGCCUCCACGCGCCCACUCUCCGUGUUCAUCAACCACGGCCAUGCCGUCGUCCCGGAGUCGGCGGUGGCGAGCGACGGCAGCGGCAGCAGCAUCGUGUACAACGCGCCGGGGUGCACGCUGAUGGUCGCGCGGGCCGCGUCGGCAAGGGCGUCUCACGAGACUCAGACGCUGGGGCGGAAAGAUGGAGGAAGCGACGCCCUGCUGCGGGCAUGUCGGACAUGUGGUGUGCUCAGGGUGGUUGACUCUGUGGGUUCGUGUCGGGACUGCGGGGCUGGGCGAGCUUUUGACGACGAUGGUGCCGAGUGGAGAGGAGAUAGACGGGGGGUUGGCGGCGGCGGAGGGAGGUGGGUCAUCUUGCUGCGUCGUCGGGGCAGGAUGGCGGUGCUGGGCGGUUCUUGA